CUCCAAUAACGCAAAAAACGACAUCUCACCGGAACCCAACUGCCAGCCGUUGAAACUUCUGGAAUUCCGAUUCAGUCACCUGUAAGCCCCCGAAAUUACGACAAUAAACCCUAGCCCCUCAUUUCCAACAACGAACGAAUCAGAAACCAGUGAAAACCAAAACUCACUUCACUCUCUCACUCUCUCCCUCUCCCUUCUAACCGUCGGAGAACUCAAAACGACGACGUCGAUGAGCGGCGCAAGGAACAGAUCCUCUGCGGCAAUGCACCACCGCAGCAACCCUGCGCCUUCCCUUCCCUUGGUCGUCUCCCUCAACUGCAUCGAAGAUUGCGCCCUCGAGCAGGAAUCCCUCGCCGGCGUCGCCGCCGUCGAGCACGUUCCCCUCGCACGCCUCGCCGACGGGAAGAUCGAGUCCGCCGCCGCCGUUCUCCUCCCAAACCGCUCCGUCGACUCCGCCCUCGCCUCCGACCUCGGCCUCCGCCUCGUCCAUGUCGACGCCUCCCGCGCCGAGGAGAUCGCCGACACCGUCAUGGCACUCAUCCUCGGCCUGCUCCGCCGGACGCACCUCCUCUCCCGCCAUGCGCUCUCCGCCUCCGGUUGGCUUGGUUCAGUGCAGCCGCUCUGCCGAGGGAUGAGGCGCUGCCGUGGCCUCGUCUUGGGGAUUGUCGGUAGAUCUGUUUCGGCGCGGUCUCUGGCUUCUCGGAGCUUGGCUUUCAAGAUGAGCGUGCUCUACUUUGAUGUUCAAGAGGGGGAUGGAAAUGUGAAGAGGUCUAAAAUAACCUUUCCUUCAGCUGCCCGAAGAAUGGACACUCUUAACGACUUGCUCGCUGCGAGUGACCUUGUUUCACUUCACUGUGCUCUGACAAAUGAAACGAUUCAGAUUCUAAAUGCGGAAUGCUUGCAACACAUAAAGCCCGGGGCAUUUCUUGUAAAUACCGGAAGCAGCCAGUUGUUAGAUGAUUGUGCGGUCAAGCAGCUCCUAAUUGAUGGAACCCUAGCUGGUUGUGCUCUGGAUGGUGCUGAAGGGCCUCAGUGGAUGGAAGCAUGGGUAAAGGAAAUGCCAAAUGUCUUGAUACUUCCACAUAGUGCAGAUUAUAGUGAAGAAGUGUGGAUGGAGAUUAGGGAUAAAGCUAUCUCCAUAUUGCAGACAUUCUUCUUUGAGGGAGUUGUUCCAAAAAAUGCGGUUUCUGAUGAGGACGACGAAGAAGAAGAAGAAACAAGUGAAAUAGGUAAUGUAAAAGAUGCAUACGAUAAAGGAGAGGAUGGAAUUCCCUUGCAGGAUUCUGUUGGUGAGAAGCUGACAGAUGUUGUUCAAGUAAGUCCAGAAAGCUCCCGUAACAAAGGAGCUACUGAUGCAAAAGAGUCUCCUGUGCAGCCCCAGGGUUCAGGAGUGUCUCAAACCACUGCCACCCGAUCUGAUGGAAGGCGAAGCAGAUCUGGCAGGAAAGCGAAAAAGAGGCACACACGUCAAAAAUCCUGGCAAAAAGCAGACGACCCUUCUGCCCUAGAAAAGGAGAGUACCUCACAUCGAGAUGAUGAUACUGCUAUGAGUGGAACGGAUCAGGCUUUGAGUUCUAGUUCUCGGUUUGGAUCCCCUGAAGACUCAAGAAAUAGGAAAACACCAAUUGAAUCAGUUCAAGAAUCACCUUCCAGCCAGCUUUCAAAAUCCAUUAAGAAGCUUAGCGGGAAGCUGGGUGAACUGUUAAAAGAUGGCUAUAUUGUUGCCUUAUAUGCAAGAGAUCGCCUUGCUCUGCAUGUUUCGAGACAAAGAGCUAAAGGUGGUGGCUGGUUCCUAGAUACCAUAUCAGGUGUAACGAAAAGGGAUCCUGCAGCGCAAUUUCUUGUUGCAUCCAGAAGCAAGGACACUAUUGGGUUGCGAUCAUUUGCAGCUGGUGGAAAAUUAUUGCAGAUUAAUAGAAGAAUGGAAUUUGUGUUUGCUAGUCACAGCUUUGAUGUUUGGGAGAGUUGGAUGUUGGAAGGUUCUCUUGAGGAGUGUAAGCUGGUAAACUGCAGAAAUCCGAUGGCUGUUUUAGAUGUAAGCAUCGAGAUUCUGGCGGCACCAGGGGAAGAUGAUGGUAUUACACGCUGGCUUGAUUAAGCGUCGCAUUUUUGUAAACCCCUUUUUUUUUUUUUCAUUAUAUAUUUAUUACCCCUUCUCACUCUUUUUGAGGGUUGUAUUACUUCAAGACAGCUUGAAAGUUGUAAAAAGCAUUCCAUUGUUUUUUUAUUUUCUCUCAUUUUCUGUCUUCGUAUUUUUUCUUUAGCUUCCUCAGCUCUGUAAGACCUUUUUUUUGGUGGGUUAUUCGGCCGCCAGAUGAAGUGAAUGUACCCUGUAUUGCACUAGGGUUUUCCCCUGCUAUCUUGUUUAAUUUAGUCUUUAGUA